GCUGGUUAUGUGAUGGAUAAAUGUAAACUGAUGUGGUGUCCUGCAGGAGGAAUUAAUGGAUCGGGAAAGGAUGGAUGGAAGGAAGCUGCUGGAAGCGAGGAGGGCUGUUUUAGCCAAGGAAGAGAUGGACUUCAGGAGGGGCAUCACAGUGGACAUGAUGUCUGAUGAGGAGGAUGGCACAGCUGAUGGGGAAGCUGGGUGGAUAGUUCGGCCCCCAUCCUUCAGGAGCCAGGAGCUGUCUGCUCUGUGUUCAACUUUACAGAAGAGACUGGAAAAUGACCCGAAAUACCAGGCAACCCACCACAAAAGGCUGCAUUAUGGGCCACCCUCCGCAAGACCUGCUCCAUCUUUUUAUGACCCUGAAGCAGCCAAGAGACACUUGAGUUAAAUAGUUUUAGUGUGUGACCCAGACAAGGGGAACACAGUGUAAAGCAUGUUUGUUUUUUAUUUUUAUUUUUUUAAAUAAAGCUCCU